CAACCACGUUAUGGAGGCUCCCAUUCCUGCGGGAUUCUGGUGCUCCAGUCCUUUCAUUGUCUUCCCUCUUUUGGUAUUACUAUGUUCGCCUUCCUCGUCUCCUAAACUUGGUACCGAAUUGCGGACAGCGUGGUGCUGGAUCGCUGCUGGCCGUCGAUUCCGCCAGAAACCGGAAGCUUGGCUGGUGAAGAAGCUCCUUCUUGCUCGAUCAUGUUCGCCGGUUUGGACGCUGCCUGGCUGGAAGAGUGCUAGCCUCUAGAGCUUUCUCUCAGUAAGCGAAGAACCAUGUCUUCUCGCCGGUUCGCUGUGCUAAAGACCGGCAAUGGCUCUGAAUUCGUGCAGAAAACGUAUGGUGGUUUUGACAAGAUGAGUGAGAAUUUGCUUGAGGAGGAUGGGGAGGAGUGGGUAGUGUACUCUGUGAUGGAUGGCGAUUUCUCGUUCGAGAAUGAGAUCGACACGUUCGCAGGGUUCGUCAUCACGGGCAGCCCUGCUGAUGCCCAUGCAGAUGAUGAUUGGGUACUGAAACUGUGUGAGGUUCUCAGAGUGUUGAACCAGAAGAAGAAGAAGGUGCUUGGCAUUUGCUUUGGCCACCAGGUAUUGGCCCGAGCAUUAGGUGGCAAAACUGGUCGAUCAGACGUAGGAUGGGAAAUUGGUCUGAAGCAAGUUCACUUGGAUACUGAGCUCGUUUCUAAAGUGUUCAACGUGCAAUUACCUCCAACUGUUAAUGUAUUAGUUAGUCACCGUGACCAGGUCAGUUGUGUUCCUCCAGGAGCUCUCAUUCUUGGGUCUUCAAAGAAAACAAAAAUCGAGAUGUUUUCAAUUGGAGACCAUGUGCUGGGCCUUCAAUACCAUCCGGAGUUCUUCAAGGAUGUUGUAUUGGACAUUAUACAUAACCUUCUUACAACGAAUAUGUUGGACGAUGGCACUGCCAACAAAGCAAUUCAAAGUGUUAAAGAGAAUGAUCCACAUCAGGAGCAGCUCAAAGGUUUAUGCAAGGCAUUCCUGAAAGGUCCUACUAUCAAAGAAGUGUAAUCAACCUAACACGUGCUGAAGGAACAAAGAUGGGACUAUGAUGUUUUUCGUCCUUUUUAUUUGGUGUUCAUAUCUGUUUCUUGUUUGCCUUGAUGUUAUGUUUUGAUCUUUUAAACAAAAUGCAUCAAGUUGUCUCAUAACAAAUCUUGUACUUGAUUCAAGAUCUUAUUUAUUGGAAAUACAAAUACUUCUGUUUGUCACUGAAA